AUGACAACCAAGAACCAACUCUCACCAUGGGAGACCGUGGCCUCAGGCACCACGGCCUCCAUCUUAGCAAAUGUGAUUGUAUAUCCACUGGACAACAUAAAAACAAAGCUACAAGUCCAUGUCCAACGCCGUCAGAGAACCACUCAAAGCGAGGAAAAGGGGGAACUGGGCAGUCCACCCCCCUCCCCACCAAGCUAUGACUCUCUUAUUUCAGUCGUAACCCAUAUUAUCCAGGAAGAGGGCCUUCCCGGCCUCUACCGCGGCCUGGGCAGCUCCAUCCUCAACACUGCCUCCAUGAACUUCGCCUACUUCUACUGGUCGAGCCAUGCGCGGACUGCAUACCAGAAGUUCUUUCGAGGAUCGCACAACCCUGUGGAGACCAAUAUUGUAACGGAACUGCUUCUUGGAGCGGUAGGGGGCGCAAUGGCGCAACUGUGUACAAAUCCCAUCGCCGUCAUUGUGACCAGACAACAGACCUGCCGCGCGAGCGACGAUGCCAAGUCGAUGAUCGCGGUGCUGCGCGAGAUUGUUAAUCUGAUUCUCGUGGUCAACCCGAUGAUCACGUAUGGGCUUUACCAGUGGUUACGCGGCGAACUGCUCCGGGUGAGGGCACCGCUGAGCUCGAUGGAUGCAUUUUUGCUUGGGGCGCUGUCGAAAGUUGCCGCAACGGUUGUCACGCACCCUUUGAUUGUCGCGAAGACAAUGCUGCAGUCUAAGACACGCGAGUGUCAUGGUGAAAGGCCCUUCCAGGGGUUUACGGAGGUGUUAAGAUUUAUUGUACGGCACGAGGGGAUGAGGAGGUUGUAUAAGGGGUUGGGGCCGCAGAUCGUCAAGGGGUUUUUGGUGCAGGGAUUGAUGAUGAUGCUUAAGGAACGGGCGGAGUUACUUUUCAGACUUGUUAUGCUGUCCUGUAGGAAGCGGUUUCUGCGCGCGUCAUUCUGA